AUGCCCAGCAGCGUUACUAUCGUUACUUUAAUCAGGAAACGACUGAGUUCAAAAGGGUUCUCCCAAAUUCGAUACUUUUCAGUUAUCAACUCAAGAAAAGCACCCGAAAGCGAGCAGGAGUCAGCGAUUGAACCACCAAUUCAUGAAGACAUUUUCAAAUCCGGUCAGAAAUUGGGUUCCUUUAGAGUGGGUGAUUCCACAUUUUACACCCUCAUUGAAAACUUCGCAAAAACAGGAGACUUCAUAUCGUUGGACAAGGUUUUUAGCCAAAUGAAGCGUGAAAGAAGAGUGUUUAUAGAGAAGAAUUUUAUAUUAGUAUUCAAAGCUUACGGGAAAGCAAAAAAAGCGAUGAAAGCCAUAGACUUGUUUGAUAAAAUGUGGGUCGAGUACCAAUGCAGACCAAGUGUUCGAUCAUUUAACUCAGUGAUUAAUGUAGUCAUACAAGAGGGUUUGUUCAAUAAGGCUCUAGAGUUUUAUUCUUCCAUUGUUCUUCACGAGAAACGGGUUUCACCAAACGUGCUAACAUACAAUCUAAUCCUUAAAGUAUUAUGUAGAUUAGACCUCAUUGAUAGAGCUAUCCAGACCUUCAGGGAGAUGCCACUUAAAAAAUGCACCCCAGAUGUGUUUACAUAUUGCACUUUAAUGGAUGGAUUAUGCAAAGAAGAUAGAAUCAACGAAGCUGUGUGUCUCUUGGAUGAAAUGCAAGUCGAAGGUUGCUUCCCAAAUGCUGCAACCUUCAAUGUCUUGAUUAAUGGUUUGUGCAAGAAAGGUGACUUAUCACGUGCUUCUAAGGUUGUAGAUAACAUGUUUCUCAAAGGGUGUGUCCCAAAUGAAGUAACCUACAACACCCUUAUACAUGGUCUCUGCUUAAAGGGUAAAUUAGACAAAGCUGUUACUCUUUUGGACAGAAUGGUUAAGGCUAAAUGUGUCCCUAAUGAUAUUACAUGCUCUACAAUCAUCAAUGGGUUAGUGAAGCAAGGAAGAGCUAGUGAUGCUGCAUCUAUGUCAAUCUCUCUUGAAGAAAGAGGACUUCCUGCAAAUCAUUAUGUUUAUUCAACACUUAUAAGUGGUUUAUUCAAAGAGGGAAAACCCGAAAAGGCGAUGAAUUUAUGGAAACAGAUGAUAAAUAAAGGGUGCAAACCAAAUACUGUGGUUUACAGUACUCUGAUAGAUGGUUUAUGUAGAGAAAUGAAACCAGAUGAAGCUAUGGAUGUUCUUGAGGAAAUGAAAAAAAUAGGUUGUGAGGCGAAUGCAUUCAUAUACAGCUCCUUGAUGAAGGGUUUUUUCAAAAAAGGUGACACUGAUAAAGCUCUUGAGAUUUGGAAAGAGGCUGAAAGUCAAGAUUGUGGUCAAAAUGAAGUUUGUUGUAGUGUAAUCAUUCAUGGACUAUGUAACAAUGGGAAGGUGAAAGAAGCUACAACAUUUUGGGAGAAUAUGUUGUCAAAAGGGUAUAAACCUGAUGUUGUUCUUUACACUUCUCUGAUUCAUGGACUAUGUAACAAUAAGUGUCUUGAAGAAAGUUUGAAACUUUUUAAUGAGAUGAUUUGUGAAGGGUCUGGGAUUCAACCAGAUGUAGUGACUUACAACAUUCUUUUUGAUUGUUUGUGUAAGAAUGGUUUUGUUUCACGUGCUAUUGAUUUGCUAAAUUGUAUGAUUGAUCAAGGGUGUGAUCCGGAUUUGGUUACUUGUAACAUAUUCUUGAAAAUGUUAAAAGAUGGGAUGGAUAAUGUUGAAGAUGGGAGUGAGUUUCUUGAAGAACUUGUGGUUAGGCUUCAUAAGAAAAAGAGGGUUGUGGGGGCCACGAAGAUUAUUGAAGUGAUGAUUGGAAAAUAUUUUUUGCCAAAAGAAUCGACAUGGGAAAUUGUUAUUCAAGAUGUUUGUAAACCGAAGAGGAUUCGAGCUGCUAUUGAUAGAUGUUGGAAUGAUCUUUAUGUUCAAUGA